AUGGAAUUUAUUGAAAUGUUAUUAUCAUCAUCGUCAAGUUCGUCUGAUGAUGACUCCGACACCGAGAUCUUGUUCAGUAAUCUUGAUUCCUCAGAUGGCCCACAAAGGAAAAAAAUAAGGAUCUACAAUUUCGUUGAAGAUUUUGUGGAUAACUACAGCGAUGAGCAGUUUCGCCAACAAUUCAGAUUGAAAAGAUGCACUGCGGAAUUUAUCAUUGAUAAAUACAAGUCAUCUACGUUCGGCCACGUCAACGAAGGUAAAGGCAGGAAAGGAAUUACUCCCAAAAACCAAAUAUUAGCUUUUCUGUGGUUCAGCGCAAAUAAAAACUCGUAUAGAGAAGUAUGCACUUUGUUUGACAUGGCAGAGUCAACGUUUUGCAACCAUCUGAAUUCAAUAUUAGAUUUCUUCUAUGACAUCUCCAAACAUAUAAUAAAAUUUCCAGAAACCGAAGAUGGAAAAGAACGAGUUGCAGCGAAUUUUAAGAAGAUUUCCAAAUUCGACAACGUUCUUGGAUGUAUAGACGGAUCAUAUGUAUCAAUCCGUAAACCAGCCAAAAAAAUCAAAUCUACCUAUGUAAACAGACACGACAUGCUAUCCAUAACUCUUCAAGGUGUCUGUGAUGCAAACAAGUCAUUUAUGGAUAUCUGCGUUGGAUCUCCAAGCAAAAUUCACGACUCACGAAUUUUUACGUUAUCACCACUCAGCGACGAUUUACCGCAAAUUUGCCACCAAAAAUUUCAUUUGCUUGGAGAUGCCGCCUAUCCUCUACGUGAGUACCUGCUAACACCAUACAGAAAUGAUGGGAGGAUGAACCAAAAAAAGCGAAAAUAUAAUCUGAAACAUGCUCAGACAAGAGUAUUGAUUGAAAAUGCUUUCGGAUUGUUGAAAACGCGAUUUAGGCAGUUGAUGCGGUUGGAUUUUUUCUUUGUGGAGAGAAUGUGCAAAUUUGUAACUGCAUGCUGCGUUCUGCACAACAUAUGUAUCAGUUUCAAUGACAAUAUUGAAGUUGAUGCGGAGACAACUCAACAUGAAAACAAUCAUGCUAGAGAUGUUACUGACGUUGCACCUAAUAAUCCAGAUAUCCGCAAUGCAGCCCUCAGAAGACUUGGAGAAAUUAAGAGGAAUAAUAUUGCAGAUAGUUUCCAAUAAAAAUUUUAUACUCUAGAAACUCACAAUAAAUAAAAAUAAAA